GUUGAUCAACAAAUCGAGCACAUGUGUCAAUGCCAAAAUCCGAGUACAAGUAGCAUGUCCAUUGACGUCGGCUCCACGGGAAAGAUGAGGUAUUUUACCAAGUCUCAGACCCCAUCUUCAGAAAGUGGAGGUUCUAAAUCCGAGAAUAUUUUCAUAAUGGGAGCUAACGAGAUGAAGAACGCCCGAAAUGUGCAGAACAAACUUCGCAAAAAAGCUAAUCGGGUUCGGGAUGUGUCAGGAUUGAAAGGCACCCGAUCCGGACGCGUGGCGCCCAGAGAGCAUUUUAGAAGUCGAAAGCGCCGAAAGGGCGACAAGGGGCCAGAUCCUUUCCCCGGCCCGGUCCCCUUGGACCCCAAAGUAUUGGCCAAGUACUCCAAUGGACCCGGCGUUACUCGAAACAAGGUGAAAACUAAAUUCCGUCAAAAAGAAGUGGAACGCCGGGAGAAGCAAAUCGAAUUUGCCGAGACUUUGGCCGGAAAAGCCGAGUUGCUUUUAGAUGAGGAUGUUGGCGUCUUGGAAGGUGAUGAGAUCCAGGAGUUCACGCCCACCAUUACUCAAACACAGAUUCAGCAAAAUGUGGACGAUAUAUCGGCUACCAAGGGCUUUGACCUCAAUCUUCCUCAGUUUGGUCCAUACAAGGCGGAUUACACGAAGAAUGGGCGGUAUCUGGUCAUUGGGGGUCGUCGAGGUCACGUAGCAGCCUUCGAUUGGACUUCCAAAAAUCUGACGUGUGAGAUCAACGUGCAAGAGUCCGUGCACGAUGUUAAAUGGUUACAUACGGAAAAUAUGUUUGCCGUGGCUCAAAAGAAAUGGACUUACAUCUAUGAUAACCAGGGAAUCGAAUUGCAUUGUCUAAAGAGACUAGACAAUGUCUUGAAACUGGAAUUCCUUCCGUAUCAUUUUCUUUUGGCGGCCGGGAGUGAAUCCGGCUUUCUCAGUUGGGUAGACAUAUCCUUGGGCAAAUUAGUGACCCAAUACAACGCCAAACUGGGCCCCAUGGGUGUCAUGUGCCAGAAUCCGAGUAACGCCAUUCUUUGCGCCGGUCACGGUAAAGGUAUUGUCACCAUGUGGAGCCCAAAUAUGCGGGAGCCCGUGGCCAAAAUGCUGGCCCAUCGUCAAGCCGUUCGGGGCGUGGCUGUGGAUCUUACGGGCACCUACUUGGCUACGGCAGGCACGGAUCGAAGCCUCAAGAUUUGGGAUGUGCGUCAAUUCAAGUGCUUGCAAAACUACCGAAUUUCCGCUGGCGCCUCACAGUUAGAAUUCAGCGGGCGAGGAUUGUUGGGCGUGGCUAUGGGUAACACGGUGGAGAUCUUCAAGGAUUGUUGCACAACCGCAGUCAAAUACCCAUACAUGCGACAUCGAGCCUUCAAACGCAUCACCGAUAUCCAUUUUGCUCCUUACGAAGACGCCAUGGGCAUUGGACACGAGGCCGGUUUCACGAGUAUUCUGGUUCCCGGCAGUGGUGAUCCGAAUUUCGAUGCUCUGGAAGUUAAUCCUUAUCAGACGAAGCGUCAACGGCGAGAAGCGGAAGUCAAGGCUCUGUUGGAGAAGAUCCCAUCAGAACUGAUCAGUUUGGACCCCACUCAAUUGGGCGAUGUGGACGUGAAGACUUUCGAGGAGAAGAUCGCCGAGAAGAAUAGCAAGCUGCAUCUUAAACCUGAGAAGAUCGAUUUCGAACCUCGCUACAAGAUGAAGGGGAAAGGUGGAACCGCCAAACGGUUCCACAUCAAACGAACCGUGAGGGGGGAAAUCAAAAUGCGAGACCUAAACCAAAAACUCGAAGAAGUCGCACAAGAAGAGCAAGUUUCAAGGGUAGGAAAGCCAAAACAAGAGAAAAAGCCCAAGAGUCUUUUGGAUCGUCUAAAAUAAAAGCCGUGUUAAGAUCAUUAAAAA